AGGACCGAGCCCAGGGGCUGCGGCCCCGGGUCCCGCGGUGCGGCUCGGUCCGGCGGGGGGUUGGAGCGGCCCGGAGCCGGGCGCUGGGACGCGGCGGUGGGGCCGGCCUGGCGGCGUGCCGGGGCCGGGCGGUGCGGUGCGGUGCGGUGCGGGGCUGGGGGGCUGUCUGCGCACACGCGUGGUUGGGUGGCGGGGCACGUAGCUGCAGGUGGCUGCCCGAGCGGGAGCUUUGCAAACGCUUCGUGGAGAUUAAUGACUUCUUCCGGCCCAGGAGAAAUCGGGCAGUGAGGAUGUCUGGAGGAGACAUGGCCAAGCCCCUCCUUGGCCACGGGAGCAGAGAGGGUGACCCCAGCGUGGUGCCUGCAGCUGGCCGCACCAUCGGGGUGCUGGGGAGUGGGGAUUUUGCACGUUCAUUGGCCAUCCGCCUGGUGUGCUCCGGCUUCAAGGUGGUGGUGGGCAGCCGCAACCCAAAGCGCAAAGCCUGCCUCUUCCCUUCUGCAGCAGAGGUCACCUUCCAGGCUGAGGCGGUGAAGAAGACGGAUGUCAUUUUUGUGGCGGUUUUCAGGGAACAUUACUCCACGCUCUGUGACCUGGCUGAUGUGCUGGCGGGCAAGAUCCUGGUGGAUGUCAGUAACAACACCGAAAUCAACCACCACAGAGAAUCCAACGCCGAAUACUUGGCCUCCCUGUUCCCAGCCUGCACUGUGGUCAAGGGCUUUAACGUGGUUUCUGCAUGGACGCUGCAGUCUGGUGCCAGGGAUGGAAAUAAGCAGGUUCUGCUCUGCUCCAAUAGCCAAGAAGCCAAGCGUACUGUUGCAGAAAUUGCUCAGGUCAUGGGAUUCACCCCUGUGGACAUGGGCUGCAUGUCCUCAGCCAGCGAGAUCGAGAACAUUCCCCUGCGCCUCUUGCCAGCCUGGAAAAUCCCCAUCUUUUUGGCUCUGGGGCUUUUUCUUUGCUUUUUCACUUAUAAUCUGGUGCGGCAGGUCAUCCACCCUUAUAUCAGGGAGCAGAAGAACAAGCUUUAUAAGAUCCCUAUCGAGGUGGUCAACACCACGUUGCCGUGCGUGGCCUACGUCAUGCUGUCUCUCGUCUACCUGCCCGGCGUGCUGGCAGCCUGCUUGCAGCUCUACUACGGCACCAAAUACAGGCGCUUCCCAGACUGGCUCGACCAGUGGCUGCAGCACAGAAAACAGAUUGGCCUCCUCAGCUUCUUCUGCGCGGCCCUGCACGCCAUGUACAGCCUGUGCCUGCCCAUGCGCCGCUCCCACCGCUACCAGCUGAUUGAGACGGCCGUCAAGCAGGCUAUGGAGAAGAAGAUGAAUAUCUGGGUAGAGGAGGAAGUCUGGAGGAUGGAGAUUUAUAUCUCUGUUGGAAUAAUUGCCCUGGGCUUGCUGUCGUUACUUGCCAUCACCUCACUUCCAUCCAUCGCAAACUCUCUCAACUGGAGGGAAUUCAGUUUCAUCCAGUCCACCCUGGGAUUUAUUGCCUUGGUCAUCAGCACCCUGCACACCCUCACGUACGGCUGGUCGAGGGCUUUCGAUGAGAACCAGUACAAGUUCUACCUGCCUCCCACCUACACCCUCACCCUGCUGGUCCCAUGUACUGUGAUCCUAGCAAAAGUUGCCUUCAGUUUGCCCUGUAUCCGGCACAGACUCCUGCGAAUCAGGAGGGGCUGGGAGAAGGGGAGGAGCACAGAUUGUCUGGGCUUUAUGACAGCACCCUGCUUCUUGAGCAUCUGGAUCAACCUAAGCAGUGAGCUUUAGAAAUACAACUUGUCUCUGGCUUUGGUCUCCCUAAUGAACUAGCCACAUAAGGAGAACGAUAUCCCUGUUGUGUAGUGUCUGCACAUUUUAGUAAAGGUAUCCAAACCUGACAGCAAAUCCGAGUGUCUGCUUUCUCAAAUACAGACAGCAGUUCUGGUCCUGUAGGCUAUACCUGGUGCAGAAAUAGAACCACCUUUGCUACCAGUAAAAAAGCAUUUGAAGAGAAGGGUGUCCCUGACACCCACGUGCCCCAUCUGCACUGCUAUCUCUGAGAUGACGACUACUGCUGCUGUAUGCUCUCAGUUUUACUAAAUCAGUUUCAGGCCAUAUUUGAUGGAAAUAGAGUGAAGAAGAAAAAUGUGCCUCUUUACAAAAUUUCAAAGAGAAAACCAAAGCCUUACAUCAAAUGAUAGGGUGAAGCUGUUAGAAAUCAUUGUCACCUGAACAUGUCUGCUUAGACAACAAAACAGCAGCUCUAAAACCACUGGCUUCAACAGCAGUGAUAAGGUCUUCUGUCUUGCAAAGGGGUUGGUGAAUCUUGAAUACAAUAUGAAAAUACAGGAAUUGCACAUUUGGAGCACCAUUCUGCACUGCUUUGCACCUAAGAAAGUCACUUACUAGACCACAAAGCAUGUAUCAAAUGCUUUUCUUCUGAUUUUGCUUUGGAUGAGGUCCAGGGCAAGAUUCUGCCCUGCUUUCCUUUUCUGCCUUUCACUUUCUAUUCCUUCCAGCUCUUGCUCUUCAUCAAAAUAAUUCUUUAGGUUUUGGACAUCCAAAUCAUCCAUAUAGAGAAUGGACAGCCAUUCACAAAAGCUCAUUUAAAAGCAAGAAAUCGAGAUGACACAAGAAGACUACCUCAGCAAGACCAGACACAAGGACAGGGCUGGAAUAGCCUGAUUUCCCUGCUGUUAAGGAAAAGGCACCACUCAGCAUUCAGCUUUGCUUUGAAAAACAUCUGUCAGCAUCAAAUGAGGUGUUGCUUGUAGCACCAAAAAGCACCUUUUAUAAGACCAGUUAAUACAAAUGGGAAAACAUGGAUCAACUUUGGGGCACGUAAGCCCUUCUAUGAGCCAACAUUGCUCUUGUGAACUGGAUGAUUCGUAGACAGAGGAACUUAAGAAUUCCCUGUUUAGCCUCGAAUGAUGACAGUGAGUAAUACUCUCCAAGUAAUGCUCAAGCUGCCAGUAAUGAUAUCGAGGGGUUUUAGGUUUUGCAUAAGGCUUACAGUAAAGUCUCCAACCACCACCUCUUUUCACUGAGCAAAAGGAAAUCAGCAUGAGGGAAAUGCCAAGUUUGCAUAAUCAGCUGAUUAUUAUUUUUUUUGGCAAUGCAGGGAAGGGACACUGGGAAAGUGUCCCUUUCGGAAAGCUGCCGUUAACCAGGUUUCCCCAUCCACCUCCACAGCCUCACCCAGAUCAGCACCUCAUCGAAUCACUCACCAAGGUGAUAGACUGUACAGCACUAUUUAGUUGUGGAUGAAUGGUAGGCUAAGUUUCCACAUGGAUUUGAUGCACUUCCACAUGAAUAUAAUUCUACCCACUCCAACAUAACUCAUGCUUGAGGGAAAACUGGAUUCAGCAAGCUUCUCUUCCGUUUCAUCAUCAAGCAAAGUCAACAUAAAAGCACAAGUUUGCACAUUUUAUGUUUACAAUAAAGUAUUCUGAUGUCUUUUUUUUAAAAGCUAAGCUUCUUUUCACAUCCUUAGGUCAGGCAAGGCGACUGCCUGUUGGCCAAACAUAGAACAGGAAAGAACAAGCAUUACAAAGCUUGCAGGCUUUGUAUUCAAGGGGUAAGGCGUGGUUUUAUUGUGGGAUGCUUCAAGGCUAAAGACUCACCAUUUUGCCCAGCAGAACAAGGGCUGUACUUUGGCUUUAUUUACACAACUCACAUCCACAUGUCCUUCCCAUUGAUGGCAAAGGGACAAUUUUCACAAGCAGAAGUAGAGCUGGGUACCCAGGCUGCCCCAAGACACUGGAUAUACUCACGAAGCAACAUGCUUCUUUCCAGCAAGACACCAACCUGUGGGCAGAUGAGCCAGCUCAACAUCACCACAGCUCCACAGCAUCUAUAAAACGGUCCAUCACAUGGCUCCAGGUAAUGCCUGUGCCAACAUACUGGCCAGCCAGUCACCACAUCUUUUAAAGACUGAAACCAAUUCUUCUAAACACAGAGCCGCGUUUCAGAUGGUGCCCUUUGUAGGCAUCUGGUCUCUAAAGCCUUUGAUACGGGAGUUUGGAUAAUUUAUUCUGAUUCCGGAAUACUGAAAAGUAGUUAGAGGUGGUUUUGAGUGAUCAUUUCCCUACACAAUUUUGUGGAGAGGGGAUUCAGUGAGGUUAGCUUAAAAUUUCUCAAUGAAUUGUUUUUAUAUUUAGAAAUCCUCUCUGUAUAUGCACACACACAUAUAUAUUAUUGCAGAGUAUGUAGCUGGAAUGUAAAUUCUUUAUAUUUUUAUUUUCUGUAUUGCCUACAAUGUGCCUCUGUAAUUUGUAAGAACCAACUGAAGAGCUGUAAGGCCAGUUUUACUGGUCUCUGUAGUUACAUAAAAGAAAUUCUGAACAAGUCUAUAAAA